AUGGCCAGAAACUAUUCAAAGCGAGAAUCGAAUUAUUUAGAGCCGAAUUCUUAUUGCCCUCCAGAACGAGAAAUCAAUCUGCUACUAUUGGGACCAACAGGAGUUGGAAAAACAACUUUUAUUAACGCUUUUGCUAACUAUAUUGUGAAUGAUACUCUUGAAGAAGCAGUCAAAGAUGAAAUUCAAGCUAUCAUUCCGUCUUCGUUUUCUUUUACUUUGCCAGAGUCGUUUGACGAAAAAUUAAUUCAUUUUGGCGACAAGAACGAACAAGAGACGCUUGGUGACAAAGUUGAAUCAAAUACGCAACUAUGUCGAAGUUUCGUUUUUCCGAUUGGUGAACGUAAUCUACGUAUGAUCGACACGCCAGGUGUUGGUGACACUAGAGGAUUCGAGCAAGAUAAGAAAAACUUUCAAGAAAUAUUAACUUAUAUUGCUCAAUAUGAACAUUUGAAUGGCGUUUGUAUAAUGCUUAAACCAAAUGAAGAGCGCUUAACUAUACACUUUCGAUUUUGUGUCAAUGAACUUCUUCGACAUCUGCCUGUCGAUGCUAAGGAAAAUCUAAUUUUUAUAUUCACAAAUGCUCGUUCGACUUUCUUUGCACCAGGCAACACAAAGAGACUGAUCGAAAAAAUGUUGAACGAACAUCAGACGGAACAUGGUGUUCUAGUGCCAUUCUCAAGAGACAAUUCAUUUUUAUUCGAUAGUGAACCAUUUCGUUACCUAGCCAUAAUAAAAAAUGGAAUAAAAUUGGAUGAAGAACAAAAGGCAAGCUAUGUUAAAAGCUGGGAUCAUUCUGUCAAAGAAUACUGUCGUCUUAUGGCACACGUCGCUGCACUUCCGCUUCUUGGUGUAUCUAGUACACUUUCGUUGAAUGAAGCUGAGCAACUUAUACGGAAGCUUCCACGUCCAAUUGCUGAAACCGCAAAACUUAUCGAAGAAAAUAUUCAACUCGCACAAGAACAUAAAAAGAAAGUUCUCAUUAACCCUGAAAAUGCGUCAGAAGGAAUACCACAGAAUAAUGCUUUCGUUGUCCAACUGAAACACCCACGAACUGUAUGCGUGGGUGAAAAGUGUUGUCGUAUCAUUGAUAUUGGAGAUGAAAAAAAAGUCGAAUACUUACACAUAUGUCAUAAUGAAUGUUACCUGAGCGGUGUCGUACAAGAAGCAUUGUACGAUCCCAAAUUAGAAGAAUGCACGGCCAUGAAUCCUGAAGACGGUUUCUGUACAGUAUGUGACUGUCAUUGGUUGCAACAUAAGCAUAUCACUUAUGACUACCAAACAAAUCGUACUCAUAUAAAUUCCAAUGCAAGAACACGCAGAUCCAAUAGGCAAGAUGUGUCGCUUAGUGAUAUUGAUCGACGUAUUAGCGAAUUACGAGCAGAAGCCGCGAAAAUUCGAGAUGUAUAUAUAAAACUUGCAAGAUUUCUUCAUAAAAAUUCUAUUGUUUCCAUCAACAAUGAUAUUGUGGAAUACCUUCAAUACUUCAUUCGUGAAGAACAAAUGAAGCAGAAUGCUGGCGCUAGUAAUCGAGAACUAAUUGCUGGACUACGACAACAAUUGGACGAAUUUACAAACAACUUUGAACUGUUCAAAAAAGCAAUAGAUGAACCACAAGAAUCAGGCGAGCUGACCGAUGUUCUCGAGCCUGAAAACAUUUUCGAUCUAGUCGGCACUCUUUAUGAUUUGCCCAUCAAUGGAAGGCAAAUUAAAGAACAAGUCAACGGAAUUAAAUUUAGUCAAGAGAAAAGUGCUGCUCAUCGUGAAAAAUCUAUUCGAUUACCAGCAAAAGCUGCAGAAUCGAAAGUAAUGCAAGAAUUGCAGACUAUUGUGUGUAGAAGGCAAACUAUUGAUUUAAUUGAUACACUAGAUCAAUAUUCCAAAGUUAUGCAACAAGAAUAUUUAAAUUCCAUAAAUUGA